UUUGUUACGUGCUCUCUCUACACUUUGGGGCCUGGGGCUAUUUUUUUGUUGGUAAGUUAUAAGUAGAUUUAAUAUUGUAAAAUUGGUAAUAAAAAUCAUGAUGGGCUCAAUUCAUAAUGCCGAGAUCCGGGCCUAAACACUCGGCCCAAUCAGUAUUCGGGCCUAUAAAUUGCAGGAUUCAAGAAAUUAGGUUUUACUCGUCGUUCACCAUCCGUUGACUGCUCUGCUCUUCUUCUCCAGCUGAGAUAUUAAUCAGUCGACGUAGUGUCCGAAGAGACCUGCCAAAAUGCAGAAUGAAGAGGGGCAAAAUAUGGAUCUUUACAUCCCGCGGAAAUGUUCUGCUACCAACCGUCUGAUUACGUCCAAGGAUCAUGCUUCGGUGCAGCUUAACAUCGGACAUGUGGAUGAGAAGGGCGUUUACACGGGCCAAUUCUCUACGUUUGCCCUAUGUGGUUUCAUCCGUGCCCAGGGUGAUGCUGACAGUGCUUUGGAUCGCCUCUGGCAGAAGAAGAAAGUCGAGGCCCGACAACAGUAGACCGUUGUGUCGUUGUGAUUCAGUUUUUAAUCUAGUUCUGGGUUCAAAUACUUAUUCUUGGAUGUUUCUCUUUUUGCAUAUUGUGUGUUAGUGACUUUGAUGUGGAUGCAAUUUUGUGCCAUUACUCAUUGAGGAGUUCUAAUAUUACAGUCAUUUUGGGCCCAA